CGUGGAUCUUGGAGGGUCGCCACCAGUGCAUGUGAUGGCGUCCAUGACCAACCAAGAAAGCCACAACCAGCCACCAGCCGCGCCCGUGGUGCUGUGCAAACGAAAAGACUUUCUCGACACAGACGAAGCGGCCAAAAGCCAUCCCAAUCGAACGUACUACUACCGAAAAGAAGCCGACAUUGCAAAGGUCAUUGACACUUGCACCAAGAAACUCGCUGCGAAUCCGACCGAUGCCACCACCAUUGCCAUCCGCGGCGCCUCCCACAUGAAAAAGAUGGAAUGGGCUCAAGCCGUGGACGACUUUGGACAAGUGCUCAAACUAAGCCCCAUGGAUGCGAAUGCGUACUACAAUCGGGGGAUUGCAUGGACAAAUCUGAACCAGUCGCAAAAGGCCAUUGAAGACUUUACACACGCCUUGUUGUUGAAUCCGAACCACAUCAAUGCUGCAUAUGCUCGGGCAUCGUGCUACAACAAGCAAGGCGACUUUUCUCGAGCAAUUGAAGACUACCACUUUGCACUAAUGAAAGACGAACAAGUGUCCAACAAAACCAAGCAGGCCAAACCAGUCGCCAAGCCCCCCGCGCCUGUUUCAGUCGCGUCAAAGCUUCUUCCAGCAGAGAACAGCAUUGCUAGCCUCCGUCGCAAUGGAGGCAGCGUCCCCUCCAGCAUGACUUUGGGAGUUGACGUGUACACAAAGCUCCGGGAACGAGAAUUGCUCGACGCCAUGACCAGUCAACUCCAGAUUUCCAGAAGCACCCAACAGACCACACCAAGAGCAAGUCCAGGCUCCAAUCAUACUAUGAUGAAGACGAUGAAAGUCGCCGCAGGAGACAGGGCACACGCGACCAACCAGCCUGACCACGACGCCACUCUUACGAUUCAGACGACGCCACUAGACUCUGAAGAGCCAGCAGCCAUGGACAAUGGGAACGAACCCGUCGAAGUCGUUGGGGACCCUGCAGAAGUGCAUCAUGCUCGGGGGUUUGCCCUUCGACGCGAAGGGCACUUUGAGCUAGCGAUUGAAGCGUAUUCCAAGGCCAUUAAGCUCAAUCCGACACAUUUCAAGGCGUAUUUCAAUCGCGGGUUCGCGUUCGACAAGCUGCGGCAAUUCGACCGUGCCAUCCAAGACUACACGAGUGCCAUCGCGUUGGACCCGUCGAACGCGUUUGCGUUUUACAAUCGAGGCAUUUCCCUCGACCGGAGCGGCAGGUACGCGGGGGCUGUGGAAGACUUCUCGAAAGCGAUCCAGCUCAUGCCGACCAACGCCGACUUUUACCACAACCGCGGGUUUUGCCAUCGCAAACAGGGCCGGUAUGACGUGGCAAUUCGAGAUUACUCGGCCGCGAUCGAGUUGAACCCGACGCAUUUCAAAGCGCUGUACAAUCGAGCGUUUUCGUACGACAAACUUGAAGCGUUCGACGCGGCGAUCGCGGACUACACGGCGGCGAUACAAGUGGACCCGAAGAACGCCAAUGCACUGCAUAACCGAGGCAGUACGUGGGAAAAGAUGAAGAACCUGCCCGAAGCCAUCCAGGACUUCACCAUGGCUCUCGCGCUGCAGCCCGACGCCGCGUCCACGUACAACAGCCGUGGACUCGCGUACGACCAGCAAGGCAAGCAUGUGCUGGCCCUCCAGGACUUUCACGCUGCCAACCGCCUCGAGCCACAGAACCCCAUCUUUCUCCACAACCGAGGCUACUGCUUCCGCAACAUGGGCGACUUUGACCGGGCGAUUGUCGAUUACACGGAAGCGCUGCGAUUGGAGCCAGAUAACGUCGCAGCGUACAGCAAUCGAGGGUAUGCUCGACGCAAGCAAGGGCGGUACGACGGCGCCGUCGACGACUACACCGCAGCGCUACGCCUGGACCCCAACAGCACCCGCACAUUGAGCAACCGUGCGUACUCGUACGCGAAGAUGGGGUGUCUGGUGGAAUCGGUGGCCGACUACUCGGCCGUGAUCACCCUCGAAGGGCACAAUGCGUAUGCGUAUCACAACCGAGCGAUUUUGUACGAAAAGUUGGGCCGUACGACCUUGGCCAAGCAGGACUUUAUGACUGCGAUGGCGUUGGACCAGACUUCUACUUCUUCGACGAGUAAACCAGUCGUCACGUCUUCACAUACGCGGCGUUAACACGAAAACAAACGAUGUAAGC